CUCACUCACCAUAUCAACAGAAUGUUCCAGUGAUGUGAAAGCCCUCACUUUAUGUAGUAGCUAAGUUGGAAAAUGUCUGUCCUGAGCCUGGCAAACUUGUUGAAUAAAGGGUAUGGGUAUGUUCUGAAAUCCAAGUGAUUGAGGACUGACGACUCAAAACCUGUAUCCUACCAGGAAGAAAAGGUGAAGGAGAUUAGGAUGAAGAAAGGAAGCACCCCCACUCCGAAGCUUUUAAGCAAGGGGAUAAAUGAGUACUUCCUUAAGCUGUAUCUUCAGUCAGGAUCUGGCUCCAGGCAAAAAGUGAACUUAGGAAACUAUGAAAAUUAUAGUCCAGCUGUUGAUAUGAACAGAAGCGCUUCUAAUCAACAAUACUUUUCUCUGAUGUUCCCCAAACCCACCCGCCCAGGGAAGAAAUGGAGAUCAACCCCAUCUGAAAUAAAAGAAUAUUCAAAAGGGGACCCAGUAAAGGAUGAUCAGAAAGACGCUCCUAUGUGGAUGGCACGUUCUUUACUAAAAAUCUCUGAGAAACCUUCUGCUUAUUUAGCUGCCAGAAGAAAGCCCCCAUUUUUUACAAGUCCGAAAACUACAACAAAAUCCUUAAGUUCAUCUUCAGGAGACACUAUAAAUACACAGAUUACCGAAAAAUACCGAACAGAGAAAACCUCCAAAAAUGCAGCACGCAUAUCAGAAGAGACAGAAGCUAAACUACUAGACACGGUCAGCAACAGUUCAAGCGAAGCAUCCAUUGCUGAGUCCGAAGAUUCAGAAAUCACAAAGAAAAAGAAUGGCACUGAGUCAGGCACUGACAACAAGGAUGUGGAUAAGAAAAAGAAAGACUUAGAUAAGAAAAAAUUUUUGGAGAUUGAUAUUGAACAAUGUAAUUCGAAGGAGAAGUCACACAAAAAAUCCAAGGGUUUAUUUGCCCACCUCAAGAAAGCCAAGGAAUCAAAGAAAAAACAGGAUUCAGACUCUGAAAUCAAAGAUACGCCACAGAAAGACAAAGAUGCAAGGAAAAAAUCCAAGGAUUCAACUGCCGAAUCAAUAAAUUCAAAACAGUCAGACAAAGAAUUAAGGAAAAUGUCAAAAGAUAUGAAUGAUGGAGACAAAGUUGAAAAGAAAUAUAAGGUUUUAAGGAUAAAAUCCAAGGAUUCAAACACUGGAUCGAAGGCUACAAAGAAGAAAGGUAGGAAGUCAAAGAAGAAAUACAAAGACUUGAACAAGUCCCUGAGUUUAAAGAAAAACACGAAAUCCAAGGAACACAGUAUUGAAUGCGAAGACUUGAAUGUUGUAAAGAAGAAAGGCAAGGAUGGGAAGAAGAAGCUCAAAGGAUCAGACACUGAAUUACAAAAUGAAGAAGAAAAAUGGGAUGCAUUUAAAUCAACAGGUGGCUCAUUCUCCAUCAAAGGUUUGAACUCCCAACAGAUAGUAAAUCUGUUUGGAAGGCCUGAAUCUGGAAAAGCACCUCUGCCAGAAGCCCAAUGGAUCCAGAAACUGAUUUGAAGAGCUGUGUGUUUGGUUUUAUUAGAUAAACUUAGCACAGUUUAGGACAACCAGUAGCGAGCUACUGUCAAAGAAUGUUUCUAAUUCUAAUAAAGAAAACCUUUUGUCCUCA